AUGUCAAGUGCAGACGAGAUUCGAGCUAAGAGAUUGGCCAAACUCGCUGGAUCUAAUAGACCUAGCACGCCCCAACAGCAACUGCAACAACAACAGCCAGCAGCAAAACCAAUAACUGAAGAGCCCAAGGUUACGACGUCGGAACAGAAUACACCUACUACUUUCCAAUUAAAUAAAGUAGAGAAAGAACUGAAGAAUAUCCCCGAACAAUCGACUCAAAUUGCCACUGAUAAUCAUGCAUUGCCUGCUCCUUCACCCAAGCCAACACAAUCGAAAGAGGAUCAUAUUUCCCAAUGGUUGACGAGAGAGCUAGAGCACAUAUUCAAGAUCACAUUAGACUCCAAUAAAACCUCAAGCUCAGUAGUUUUUUUGCCUAAUUUAGCACACGAGUUGCAAAAUUCUAAUGACAAAUUAAAUGAGAAUUACUUGGACUCGAUCUUUAUGGAAAUAUUAUCAGAAACUGGAGUGCCGGGAAAGGGACCAACUGCAUACUUGUACUCGGUAUAUCAUGCUGCUUACAAAGUAAAAAGGUCGCUUCCAAUAAAGGCAGCUUUUCAUGAUGAAAAAGUGGAUCUAUUGAGUCAGAUUAUCAAUCUAGCAGUAAGGUAUGGUAAUAUGGGCUUACAAAUCCCUGACAUGUUUUUAUCAAGUAACAUUGAGCAAGCUUUAAACACAAUAGUGGAACGUUUUGCUGAUAUGUCAUCGUUUUUAGUAGACAUUAUUAAGGUUAGCUACGAAGAGGACAAUUUAUUAGAGCUUUUGAAUCUAAUUUUUCCUUACAUGAGUCUGAGAUUAAAAGGUAUUACAUUCAAAGAUCAAAGGUAUUUGAACUACUUGUCAGUCAUUGAAACCCUUGUUUCUAUCAAACCAGUUGCUGCAAUAUUCUCCCAGAUUGCAGGGUUUCAGCCACCUUCAAAAGAACUGGGGUUGGAUUAUGAACUCAAGUCAUUAUUGGGUCCAAUUUUGAGAGUAUCACCACUUAUCGAUACCGCAGGUCCUUAUUUUGGAGAAGAAGUAAGUAAAAUGUCCCCGAUCCAAAUCCACAGCGCAUACGAAUCACUUCAAAAUGAGUAUAAAGUAGCAUUGGAUCGAUUAUUUGUGAUUGUUGAUAAAUUAAUACGUGGGUCCACUGAGACCAGAACCAAUGUCAUUCAAUGGUUGGCUGAGUUGGUCAACAAGAGUCACUUGAGGCGGGGUAGUCACGUUGACUUUCAAACUGUUGCAAGUGAUGGAUUGAUGUUCAAUAUAACAAUAGUUUUGAUCAAAUUGAGCAUGCCAUUUUUAGAUUAUCCCACCUAUAGUAAAAUUGAUAAAAUUGACGUUGAAUAUUUCACAAAGAGCAACUUGUUAGACAUCAAAGAUGAAUCAAGGGUCAACUCAACAAUUGAAGAGGCCACUAAUUACAGUCAAUCUAAACGCGAAGAGCUUGGCACUGAUGCUACAAACUUUAUUUCUGAUUGUUUCAACUUGACUUUAGCUUAUUUACAUUAUGGUGUGGGUGGUAUAUUUAUCAAGUUCGACAGAAUGAAGCGUACUAUUGAGCAGAUGGAGAGCCAAAUAACUGCGAUUGAAGCUGGUCGUGGAGGAGCCGCACCGGCAAUGCGAGAACGGAUGAGAGCACAGUUGCCAAUAAUGCAUAGCAGGGUCAAUGCAUUGAAGUCACUGCAGCAUGCAAUCAACGCUGUGUUUAGCUAUAGAGAUUUGCAAUUGGAAAUUUUUGAUUUCAUUAUUGGUGCAACAGUGUUUAUUACUAGAUUAAUUGACCCAAAUCAUGCGUUCCCACAGAAGAAGUUGAGUAUUCCCAUUUUCAAAAUCACAAAAGUAUCGGAAUUAGACGAUCAUGAUUUUUUAAAAACCAAGACUCCGAUCCCGUGGAAGCAUUAUCCAGAAUUUCUUUUGGAAGGUAUCAUCAACUAUACCAAAUUUUCUGCCAAUUUCAGAGGUUGCCCGUUAGUUUUAAAUGAAGAUAAGUUGACAUUGUUUGUUGAGUUCAUUACCAUCUUGUUGAGGUGUCCAGAAUUGAUUGGUAAUCCCCACAUGAAGGCCAACAUUGUGGAGAUUUUGUACAUUGGUUCACUUCCCAGACAAGAUGGUCAUCCGGGCUUCAUGGUUUCCAUUUUUGAUAGAAAUGAGUUGGUUACACAUAACUUGUUGUAUUCAUUACUUGAUUUCUAUGUCAUGGUUGAGAAAACUGGUGCAUCGUCUCAAUUCUAUGAUAAAUUCAACAGUCGUUAUUACAUUUCUGUAAUUCUUGAAGAGUUAUGGAAGAUACCUCAGUAUCGAUUGCAAUUGAAAGAUUAUUCGGAGAAUAAUGUUGACUUUUUUAUUCGAUUUAUUGCAAGAAUGUUGAAUGAUACUACGUAUCUUUUAGACGAAACUUUCAAUUUGUUGAACUCAAUUCAUGACUAUCAAGUAGAAAUCAAACGUCGUCAAACUGGAAGUGAAGCAAAUGAGGAGAUGGGUAACGAUGAAACAUUGAAUGGUAAUUUGGAAGGUGAUGAAAGAAGAGUGAAAUCUUUAAUUGCCUUAUCAAAUGAAACUAUGGAAUUGUUCAAGUUGUUCACCAAAGAAGUACCUCAGGGUUUCGUGUUGCCAGAAAUUGUCGAUAGAUUAGCUGGCAUGUUGGAUUACAAUUUAUCAGUACUAGUUGGCCCUAAAUGUUCCAACUUAAAAGUUGCUGAACCUGAAAAGUACAAGUUUGAACCUAAAAAGAUUUUGAGUGACAUUUGUGAAGUUUAUGUCAACCUUUCAUUACAAAAAGGGUUUGUUAUUGCUGUUUCAAGGGAUGGAAGAUCGUUCAACAUUGCAUAUUUUAAGAAAGCCGAGAGUAUUUUAACCAAGAGGACAUUUGUUGAUAAUAGGAUAAUUAAUCUGUUGGCAAUCUUUGCUGCCAAAGCAGAAGAAAAUAGACUCAUUGAAGAGAGCGAAGAAUUGGAAUUGGGUGAAGUGCCUGAUGAAUUCUUAGAUCCAUUGAUGUUUACUGUUAUGGAAGACCCUGUUAUAUUACCAUCUUCUAAAAUUAGUAUUGAUAGAUCAACUAUCAAAGCUCAUUUGUUGAGUGAUGCCACUGACCCUUUCAAUAGAGUUCCAUUAAAAUUGGAGGAUGUGCAGGAUGAUAUUGACUUAAAAGCCAAGAUAUCCGCAUUCAAACUUCAAAAGAAACUGGAAAAGUUACAAGAGAAGCAACAACAAGGGGAAGAGGAUGUAGUAAUGACUGAAUAA